AGAGAUCACGUGACAUGCUCUGACUGGUACAGUGCGCCUGUAUCACUGAUCUCAGACCGUCUGAGAGCACCUCAGAGAAACAUCAUCAUGAAGAAUCUCUUAAUACUCUUCUGUUCUUUGCUUCUGAGCGGUGUGUUUGGUGAAACAGAUGACGGUAAUAUGUCAGUGAAAGAGGGAGAUUCUGUCACUCUAAAGAUUAAACCUCAGGAUAUAAACAGAGCUGAAGAUCUGAGGUGGAGGUUCAACGACACAAUUAUAGCAAAGAUUGAUUUAGAGGGGAAAGAUAAACCACCAGUAUACCCUGAUGAGAAGAGAUUCAGAGACAGACUGAAGCUGGAGCGUGAGAAUGGAUCUCUCACCAUCACACACAUCACAUCUGAACACUCUGGAGUUUAUCAGCUGGAGAUCAGAAGAAGUCAAUCUACAUACAAGACAUUCAGAGUUUCUGUCAUUGAUAUAGUGACGUCAGUGCUAGUGAUGGAUGGAGAAAAUGUUAUUCUACACACUCAUCAAAAGACAGAUGAUGUUAAGUGGAUGUUCAAUGGCGCUGAUUUAACUGGACAUAUCAACUCGAGUUUCACGAACAGUGAAGUGAAUCCUCAGACUGGAGACCUGAACAUCUCAAACAUCAGACGCAAUCAGUCUGGAAAAUAUGAAGUGAGGAUCAACGGCAGUAGUUUCACCUUACACCGAACAUACGGCAUCAAUGUCAGUGAUAAAAUGAACACAGUGUCAGUGAUGGAGGGAGAUUCUUUCACUCUAACUGGUGUUACUGAUGGAAAGAUAGAUGAUGUGAAAUGGAAGUUCAAUGGCGAUGUCAUUGCUGAUUUAACUGGACAUAUCAACUCGAGUUUCACGAACAGUAAAGUGAAUCAUCAGACCGGAGACCUGAACAUCUCAAACAUCAGACGCAAUCAGACUGGAAAAUAUGAAGUGAGGAUCAACGGCAGUAGUUUCACCUUACACCGAACAUACGGCGUCAAUGUCAGUGUUGAACCAGAGUCAGUGUCAGGGAAUGUGGGGGCUGACCUCACUCUAUGCCAUAAUUUUACUGACAUACAGAGAGAUGAUGUGAUACAGUGGACAUUUGAAGGCACUCUCAUCGCUCAUUCAAACAGAAAGCCCAAUAUUGUCUCAAAUGAUGAUCGGAGAUUCUCAGACAGACUGCGUCUGGAAUGGGCUGGAUGUCUCAUCAUUAACAACUUCAGAUCUAAAGAUUCAGGACUUUAUGAUGUAAACAUCACUGGCAGCAAACACAUCCUUCACAAGAGCUUCAGUGUCACCGGUGUGUUUGGUGAAACAGAUGACGGUAAUAUGUCAGUGAAAGAGGGAGAUUCUGUCACUCUAAAGAUUAAACCUCAGGAUAUAAACAGAGCUGAAGAUCUGAGGUGGAGGUUCAACGACACAAUUAUAGCAAAGAUUGAUUUAGAGGGGAAAGAUAAACCACCAGUAUACCCUGAUGAGAAGAGAUUCAGAGACAGACUGAAGCUGGAGCGUGAGAAUGGAUCUCUCACCAUCACACACAUCACAUCUGAACACUCUGGAGUUUAUCAGCUGGAGAUCAGAAGAAGUCAAUCUACAUACAAGACAUUCAGAGUUUCUGUCAGUGCCAUUACAGAACCCAGUCAGAUGUCACACUGGAUGAUAACUGGUCCAGUAUUGGCUGUGGCAGUGGUCCUGCUGCUGGUGGGGGUUUUAUAUGUAAUAUACAAGCGCUACAAGAAACGUGAUGAAAUGCUUGAAUAUGGGAAAAAAGUCAAAAAGAAGAAAAUGAGACUGCCGUACAUUUGAAGAAUGACAUACAAUGAGGAGACUACAAACAUCAAUAGCUCAUAUAGUCCAUAGAUGAUGACAAAAGUCAUUUCAAAUGCAUCUAAUUUAUACUGCUGAAGGUCUAGUUAAGUUGUUAAUUAUGUUUUGUUUGCUUUUUACAUGCAAAUUAUUAUUGUUUAGAGCAGGGGUUCUCAACCUUUUUGACUCCAAGACCCCCUACUCUAUUCAACAAUAUUCAAAGACUCCCCUCCCGCUCACAAAAACUCAAAAUUUCUACCCAGUAAAAUAUUUCAGAGCUUGACAUUAACUGGAAAAGUUGUUAUUCAAUAUAAAAAUGGACAAAUAAUAAGAAAUAUCUUGGGUUUGUUUUGUUGUUGCUUUAAAAUGCAUUUCAAUGCUCAUCAUUUUGUCUCAUUUUAAAUUAUUAGUCAUCCUGAGGCCCCCUUGAAAGUCAGCUGGCCCCCCCCCGUUGAGAACCACUGGUUUAGAGACUUACACCCGUUUAAUAUAUACUGGAUUUGGUGUUUUUGCACUGUUUGGUAGUGUUUCGCUUUUUCUUGCUGUAUCCUGGAAUCCAAGUGAUAGGAUGAAUUUACCUAAAAUGAUACAGAUAUAUUUUUGUAAAUGUGUAUAUUUAAAGCAUGAUUGAUGUGCUGUUGCUUUAACUCAGCCCAUGAUAUACAUCAACAAUAGACUCAAUGUGUAAAAGAUCAUUACACUGCUGUUCUCUCUCUGUCUCAAGUCUACUUUAUAUGAUCUACUUGUUGAACAGAAACGUUACUGCUCUCUAGUGGACAAACACUGAUAGAUUUGACCAUGUAAGGCAUGUACAUUUAAAAUGCUAAUAACAAAGUCCAUUUAAGUUUCAAUUGAAGGAAAAGUUCCUCAAAUGUUAAUGUCAUUAUUAAUGUCAUCAGGAGUCACACUGAACAUACAGUAGAGCUGUACUGUACACAGAGUUCACUGAGGACUGUUUUGGGUUGAUGUGCUCUCACUUCUCAUUUCAUGAACUUUAUUUUUAUUAACUUUAUUUCCAGUCGACCUCUUCAUGUACAAAUGUUCAACAGUGGUGCUAAUAAAUGAUGGUCCAGUGAUCUGAGUGUAAUGUUGUAAACAACUUCAGCGUAUGACCCCUUCAUCUGUUUAUGAAUGAGUAAAUGACAUUUUGAUCAUUCUAAAGAAGUCAUUUAUGUACAUUUUAAUGAAUGCAUGGUUAUUCAAUUUAUGAAACAUUACUGAUUAUACUUCUAUAAUAGUUUUUUUUAAAUAGCUUAAAACUUUAUAGUAUAACAG